CCACCUUAGCCUUACAAAUAGCUGGAAUUACAGUAAUGAGCCACUGUUGCUGGCUGAAGAUAAACUUCUACUUUAUAGUCUUUCAAAAUGAUGAACUUUGAAGGCAAUAUUUUGCAUUUCCAUAAUCCAUACUGUGUUUGGUUUUGUCAUUCAGUAAAUAUUUGACCCUAGACACUGUGAAGACAGCAAUAAUAAGACAACAUCCUCUCAGUCUAGUAUGAGAAAUAGAUGACAAUAAGAUGAUUUCAGAUAUUUAUCAGUGCCAUGAGGGAAAUAAUGUAGAGCAGUGGGAUAAAGAAUUAUAGGGAGUGCAGUAAAAGAUCAGUAUUAUUAUACAUGAGAACAUGAUAUGGUAAGAGCCACCCAAAUGAAAACCUAGAGGAAGAUCAGCCACAGGGAAGCAACAGUAAAUGAAAAGCCCAAUGUAAGCACAAGGAGGAGAGAGUAGUAUAAGAUGAGAUCAGAGAGGUAAACAAGGGCCAGAUUAGGAGGCAUCAUGCUGUGAAUUUUACUGAAAGUGCAAAGGGGGAUAUCUAAAGCAGCGGUUCUCAACCUGUGAGUCGGGACCCCUUUGGGGGUCGAACAACCCUUUCUCAGGGGUCGCCUAAAACCAUCACAUACACCCCAUACAAAUGCAGGUGUAUGAAAAUAAUUUUAUGGUUGGGGGUUACCACAACAGGAGGAACUUUAUUGAAGGGUUGCAGCAUUAGGAAGGUUGAGAACCACUGAUCUAGAGAAUUUUAAGCAGAUGAGUGGCCUGAUUUGUUUAGAGGCUUAUUUUGGUGGAAGUGAAAUAGUAGGACUUUUUUAUGAAUUGGAUGUUGUGAGUGAGAAAUCAAAAGUUUCGACUUGAAGAUAUUAAAUUUGUGAUCUCUGUUAUACAUGUAAGUGGAAGAAGUCAACUAGAGAGUGCUGGAGAUGUAGAUUUGGAAGUCAUGGCUGGGCAAGGUGGUUCAAGCCAGUAAUCCCAGCACUUUGGGAGGCCGAGGACGGUGGAGCUUAGGAGUUUGAGGUCAGCCUAAGGAAGAGCUGGACUAUCUCUACUAAAAAUAGAAAAAAAAAGACUAGCUGGAUGUUGUGGCUGGCGCCAGUACCCUGAGCUACUUGGAAAUCUGGGGCAAAAGGAUUGCUUGAACCCAAGAGUUUGAGAUUGCUGUGAGCUAUGAUGUCACAGCAUUGUACCCAGGGUGACAGAGUCAGACUCUGUCUCACAAAUAAAUAAAUAAAAGGGAUAGAUUUUAAGUCAUAUGUUCUAUGCAAUCACAGUAUGAAAGAAGUGUAGAUAAAAGUGGAGUGGGGUAGAGCUAAACCUGUGUAGAAUGAAGGAUAGUUUAGAAUGAAAAUUGAUAGUUUAUAAUGAACUUUCUGAAACUUUGUAAAAAAGUUUAAGUCCGUGGGCAGCCCCUGUGGCUCAACAGAGUAGGCCCCAUAUGCCGGAGGUGGCGGGUUCAAAACCAGCCCUGGCCAAAAACUGCAAAAAAAAAAAAAAAAAGUUAAAAGUCUGAGCUAAAUAUUUCAAGAAUUUUCACUCUGGAAUCCAAACUUAAAUUCAGAACUUGGUGUCAUUUUUACCCUAUCUAUAGGCUGGUUAAAAACCAAAAGUUUUAUUGAGAUGUAGUGAGAGGUAGCCUGAGUUUAAUAGAAACACUGACUCUUGAGUCAUACAGACAUAGGUUGGAAUUGUAACUUGCUCUUUACUAAUUGUUUGACCAUGGCCUCUCUAAAUAUCAGUCAUAUCACUUAUAAAAUGGGAAUACUAUGUAAUUUCUUCCAUGCAUAAUAAUUGUGACAGUUAUGAUGUUGACAAACUAUCCUAUGUGUAUCAUAUACUAUAUACUCAAGAAAUAUAAUAAUGGUCCAACUGUUUGAUUUUUCUCAAAUAAUUCAUCAUAAGUAAGAAAUUGCUUACAAUUUAAAUCACAAAGUUUGGUAGAUAUGGGGGGUGGGGGUUAUGCCUAUAAUCCUAGCACUUUGGGAGGUUGAGGCAGGAAGAUCACUUGAGCCCAGGAGUUCAAAACUGGCUAUGACAACAUAGCAAAACCCUCCUCUCUAUAAAAGUCAUGGUGGUACAUGCUUGUAGUCCCAGGUACUUGGAAGGCUGAGGGAGGAGGAUCACUGGAGCCCAGGAGUUUGAGGUUACAGUGAGCUAUGAUUACACUACUGAACUCUACCCUGGGCAACAGAGCAAGACCCUGUUUCUAAAACGAGUCAGUCAAGCACAAAGUUACUGCUCUCUAUUUCUCUUUCUCUCUUAAGGGCAUGUUGGCUUCAUGGACAACUUUCUUUUUAAAAAAAAAAAGCCAUCUUGGCUGGGCACGGUGGCUCACACCUGUAAUUCUAGCACUCUCGGAGGCUGAGGCCAGUGGAUAGCUUGAGCUCACAAGUUCGAGACCAGCCUGAGCAAAAGCUAGAAGGUCCAGCUUAAAAAACGUGUCUGACCUUUUUGUGAUGGGAGGAGCUCUUGUUUUAGAAUCUGCAGCUCUCUUGCACUGGCUAGAGAGGGAGGGUUAUGGACCUCUAGGAAUGACCGGAAUAUCCAUGGGAGGACACAUGGCUUCCUUAGCAGUAUCCAACUGGCCUAAGCCCAUGCCAUUGAUUCCAUGUCUGUCCUGGUCCACAGCAUCUGGGGUCUUCACUACGGGUGUAUUGAGUAAAUCGAUUAAUUGGAGGGAGCUGGAAAAACAAUAUUAUACCCAGACAGUUUAUGAAGAAGAAAUUUUUCACAUGCUUGAAUACUGUGGAACAGAUUCUUUCAAAAUGGGACAAGAGUUUGUGAAACACUUCCCUACCAGUGCAGACAAGCUAACUAACCUUAAUCUGGUUUCCAGAACUUUAAAUAUAGAUGUAACAGACCCAGUUGUAUCCCAAAAACCUGCUGAGUGCCAUAAUUCUAGUAAAACAUCUAUCAGUGGCACAUCAGAAAGACUCUUAUUACAAGAUGCCUCUAAGAUGGAGUACUUCAAUCAAAAACUUUCAACCAACAAAAGUAGUUAUGCAAGUACCAACCCUCAGUCAUGCCACCUACUCAGUAAAGAACAAAGAAGAAAUAAUCUUCAGAAAGAAUCUUUAAUAUUUAUGAAAGGAGUCAUGGAUGAAUGUACUCAUGUAGCAAAUUUCUCAGUUCCAGUUGACCCAAGCCUCAUUAUAGUGGUUCAAGCCAAAGAAGAUGCCUAUAUUCCACGAACGGGAGUUCGAAGUCUACAAGAAAUUUGGCCUGGUUGUGAAAUCCGAUAUCUAGAAGGGGGUCAUAUUAGUGCUUAUCUUUUUAAGCAAGGACUGUUCAGACAAGCCAUCUAUGAUGCAUUUGAACGCUUCCUCCAUAAGUAUGCUAACUAAUUGGAUAACAUCAGGUAAACAGUACAGCCAUCAUGUUUAUAACAAAAGGAAUUUUCAUCCUAUGAUGAUGUGAAGAACAAGCCAACAGCAAUAUAUAUCUAAUUGCUUAUCAAUUUAGUUUGGAAUUCAGUGUUAUAGAUCCAUCAGCUACAAACUUUGAAUACAUUUGAAUAAUUUUAAAACCAUACUUGAAUUAAAUAAUGCGAAAUAUUUUUAUUAUUGUUCGUUGGAAUCCCAUAUACUAAAUUUCUAGCCUAUCGUUACUAUUUAUGAAAACUUUAAAUUUUUAAUUAUGAAUAAUUCAUUAAUUUAAAAUAAAUUUAUUCACAGGAACCCUGUUGGUUUUUAAUAGAAGUGCUAAAUCAAACUAAGAUUGUAAUUUAGCAGUCUGUACUGUGUACCCUUAUAAUGAUAUUUUGCUAUUGAUUUGAGAAACAUGUUUAGUUCUUUUUUCAAUGUCUGGUGAAUUUCUAAUCUUGUUUUCAACUUUAGUUAACUUUCUGCCUUGGGAAUAAAUACUUAUGAUGUGUAAAAUCAGUGUUAACUUUGAAUUCUAAAAAAUCCUGAUUGCCUUGUACAUAAGUGUUUUUAAUAAUGAAAGCACAUGUUGAAAUGCAGAUAAGAUACAUUAGACUUGGCUAGACUUUAAAACUUUAACGAAGAUUAGGUUAGAAUAAAAUGCCAAACAUAUUUCCCCUGCUUAAAAGGUUUCAAUUCAUUGUUACUUUCUUUGCAUUAUUAUUAUUAUUGCUUAAUAUUUCGAUGUACCAUUCCUUUUCUGAAUGUAUUUGUUUGUUCUUUUCAAGGUUUUUGUUUCUAAUCCUUAUCUUAAACAUUGUUAUUGUUAUUAAAUUUUAAGUCUUUUUAAUUUUGUGAAGGCAAAAAAAUAUGGAAACCUAAUUAACACACGUAUAUGUAAAAAUAAAAAUUAAAAAAAGUUUCAAUUCACAAAAAAUGGAAAUAUUAGAAGACCUAUUGCAUUAAUUGAUGGAUACUUUGUCAAACAUUUUUUGUAUGCCUACUCUUCAGUUUGCUAAACAUCCGAUUUUACCCAAGUGCUCAACAGUUUGGGCUUUUUAAUUUCAGAAUUUCAUAGACACAUAUAAAAUUGAUUUGUCCCAUAUAAACUCUAUUUUACAGAAAAGACUUAAAAAUUUAUAUAAUACUAACUUUUAAAAAUGGGAGCUUAGAAGGCUAGAUUUGGUGCUUUUUAUGGUAAACAUCUUUAGCUGAAAGCUAACAUGUCAAAGAAAAAAGUAGAAAAUAUUUUGAGUAUUGUAUGAAGUUUUGGAGUAAGCCUAUUUGAGUUUUCUUUGAAAUCUGUAUUGUCUAUGAAUUCUUUUUAAAUAGGUAUUCUUAGUCUUGUGAGACUAUUUGAAUUAUAAUGUGCCUUUUCAGCCUUGUGAAAGAUUUUGUCACUCUAAUGCCUCAUCCAUCAUCUUAAUUUUUUACAACUGUUUAAAAAUUGAUGUGAAGUCAUAAUGGCAGACAAAGUAGUAACUUCUUUUUUUUUUUUUUUUUUUAUUUAUUGUUGGGGAUUCAUUGAGGGUACAAUAAGCCAGUUACACUGAUUGCAAUUGUUAGGUAAAGUCCCUCUUGCAAUCAUGUCUUGCCCCCAUAAAGUGUGACACACACUAAGGCCCCACCCUCCUCCCUCCAUCCCUCUUUCUGCUUCCCCCCACCAUAACCUUAAUUGUCAUUAAUUGUCCUCAUAUCAAGAUUGAGUACAUAAGAUUCAUGCUUCUCCAUUUUCAAAGUAGUAACUUCUUUAAAACUGCCUUGGCAUCCCACCUACAGUUUAUACCUAUUUCAACUAUAGCAUAUUCAGAAAAGAGUCUUUAGUUUUUAACUGAAAGUACAAAAUCUACUAAAGUUCUACAAAAUACCCUUUAAAGAUAAAGUAAAACAUUGUCAAUUGAAUUACAAUGAUUUUCUUAUGUCAUGUUUAUAGUGAGUUGAUAUGAUUAAAUGCUUUCUGAUCAAUGGCUUUAGUAAAACCAGUAUUUUAAUUUUUACAUAAAUGUUUCUUAUAAUUUCCUAUAGAGUGUGAAUUUCUAUUAGUAAAAGAAUGAGGCAGGCGGAAUGGCUCACACCUGUAAUUCUAGAAUUCAGGAGGAUUGCUUGGGGCCAGGGUUUGGGAUCAGCCUGAGCACCACAGUGAGACCCUGUCUCUACAGAAAAUACAAAAAUUAGCCAACCAUGGUAGAGCAUGCCCAUAGUCUCAGGUAUUUUUAGAAGACUGAACAGGAGGAUCCCUUGAGUCCACUAGUUUUGGUUGCAGUGAGCUGUGAUGAUGCCAUAGUACUCGAGCCUGUGCAACAAAGAAAACCCCUAUCAAAAAAAAAAAUGAAAUUUUGAUUUUGUUUCAAUAAUUUUCCCCAAAUAAAAUGUGAGAGAUGCUAUUUUUAAACUUUCAUCUCUUAAUCAGAUAUUUUAGCUGGUUGUGGUGGCUCAAUAUCUGUAAACCUAGCACUCUGAGAGGCUAAGAUGAGUGGAUCACCUGAGCUCAGGAGUUCAACACCAGCUUGAGCAAGAGUGAGACCCUGUCUCUAUUAAAAAUAGAAAAAUUAGCUGUGUGUUGUGGUGGGCACUUGUAGCCCCAGCUACUGGAGAAGCUAAGGCAAGAGGAUCACUUGAGCCUAGGAGUUUGAGGUUUCUGUCAGCUAUGCUUUCCUGGUACUCUACCCCUGGUGACAGAGUGAGACUAUCUCAAAAAAAAAAAAAAAAAAAAGAGAGAAAUAAAACCAGAUAUUUUAAGAAUAUAUCCAUGAAACUACCUCAGGUAAUUAACUCAAGUACAGAAUACGUUUUCUUUCUUUUUUUUUUUUUUUUUUUUGUAGAGACAGAGUUUCACUUUAUUGCCCUCAGUAGAGUGCUGUGGCGUCACACAGCUCACAGCAACCUCCAAUUCCUGGGCUUAGGCGAUUCUCCUGCCUCAGCCUCCCGAGUAGCUGGGACUACAGGCGCCCGCCACAACGCCCAGCUAUUUUUGGUUGCAGUUCAGCCGGGGCUGGGUUUGAACCCGCCACCCUCGGUAUAUGGGGCCGACGCCUUACCGACUGAGCCACAGGCACCGCCCCAGAAUACCUUUUCUUAGAAUUUUUUUACCCACUUUCCCCAAAAUAGUGGCUCAAGUAUUCAUAUAUAUAUAUAACUUCAAAGAAGUGCUGAAGAAGUGCUAUCUGCCAUUUUUGAAAAUGAGGUUCUACAUAAAAUGCUAGAAAUUCAUGUGCACCAGGGUUAUAAACUCAUAGUUCACACAGGCCAGUUUGACCCACGGUUGUUUCAUCUGGUGUACAUAAUGUUUCGAAGAUUUCUGAAUUUGUAAAGCCUUUAGAUUGGGCUUGCAUUCCUCAGUUUGCCACAGUCCCUUGGACUCCCUCAUACAUCAGACUUCUCCUCUACUUUGUAUUUCCUGCUUAGCUCUGAAGACAUGUAAGUUUGAGACCCUCCAAUUUUAGAUCUGUGAUUAGAAAAUGUUUCUGAAUUUCAUGAUUUGCUAUUGAUGUAAUUACUAUUAAAGUCAUUUUAGCAUAUAUAUUUUAGAUUUUUUAAUGAAUGUAUUUUAAUUUGGUGCUUUCUUUUAAAGAUUAUUGAAUUAUUAAUACUAUAACCGAAAUAAAAAUCAUUUUCAAAUAUUUUGUAUUUUACAAUAAAAGUCUAUUUA